UUGAAUAAUAGAUAUAUAUAUAUUGGAGAUGGCUUACACCAUUUUAGUAUGGUUUUUGAUUUCUUCAGUGGAUAUCAACAUGGCCUCCGUAAAAUUGCUCCUCAUUGCCAUUUUGGUUGUCGCUAUAUCCGUUAACACCUCAGCGGAACUUUUGAGAAAAAUGAUUUCUCCUAUCAUAAAUGCGGCAACGAAUUUCUUGAACCCUAAUACGAACUCCUCCCAAGAGAUUGCUACCAAUGAUACCAAACCCCGAUAUGACCCGAAAAACCGAACAUUAAGUAAUAACGCUCUAAAGUCACUCAGUGGCUAACAAGAAAAGAAACUAUAGAAAACUAUAGAUUAAAUUGUCAGCAUUCAAAAAAACCAAAAAUAAAUUAUUUUCAACGAU